GAAAUGGCGGAGGCGGCGGCGCUGGUGUGGAUCCGCGGCCCCGGCUUCGGGUGCAAGGCGGUGCGGGCCGACUCGGCCCCCUGCUCCGUCCGUGACCUUAUCCACCGCCACUGCCAAGAUCAGGAUGUUCCAGUGGAAUGCUUCUUUGUGAAAUGCAACGGAUCACUUGUUAGCAGCGAUGCCACCGUGCAGCAUGGAGCUGUUUAUAGCUUGGAGCCCAGACUUCGUGGUGGAAAAGGAGGUUUUGGGUCUAUGCUCCGAGCUCUUGGUGCUCAGAUUGAGAAGACAACCAAUCGAGAAGCUUGCCGGGAUCUCAGUGGAAGGAGACUGCGAGAUGUCAAUCAUGAAAAAGCGAUGGCUGAAUGGGUAAAACAGCAAGCUGAGCGAGAAGCUGAAAAGGAGCAGAAGCGCCUAGAGAGAUUGCAGCGGAAGCUCGCAGAGCCCAGGCACUGCUUCACCAACCCUGACUACCAGCAGCAGUGCCACGAGAUGGCUGAGCGUCUGGAGGAUUCCGUCCUCAAAGGUAUGCAGGCUUCCUCCAGCAAGAUGGUAUCAGCAGAAAUCGGUGAGACUCGGAAGCGGCCUAACAAAUCAGAAACAGAUGGAGGAUCCAGUGCUAGGAAAAGGAAAUGCUUUUGGUUGGGCAUGGAAGGACUAGAGACGGUGGAGGGGUCCGGCUCUGAAAGCUCAGAUGAUGACAGUGAAGAAGCACCUAGCACUUCAGGAAUGAGCCUUCCUGUUCCAAAAAAUGACAGUGGUGGUGUGGAGAUGGCAGUCGAAUUUCCCAGUAGUUCUCAGAGGGCAAGAGUAUUGAGUACAGACUGCAGCUCACCAGAAAAACUACAGAGCUCUGUGGCUGACUCUGGGAAUGGUGUUUCAGAAGAUGUGUGUGCCCAGCUGGGAGCGACAUCUACCAAGGGGUGUGUGGGAAGGAAGGUGGCUGUAGAAACAGAGAAAACCCAGCAGAAAAAGGAGGCCGAGAGAAGAGGACCCAUAGAGAGGGACCCAGCUGGGGCUGGACUGAGUGAGGAGAAAGAGACAAAAGACAUGACUGAUGGGGAACCAGCUGCCAAGGCAGCACCUGGAGAAGACGGGGAAAACAUUCCCACUGCCAAACUGGAGGAAAGCCAGUCAGGAAACACAGCUAUUGGUCAGGAAUCUAUAGAUUUACUGGCCUUCGGCUCUGUUGCAGAAAUGGAGUUGCUGGGGCUGGAGAAGCUCAAGAGUGAACUGAUGGCCCGGGGGCUGAAGUGUGGGGGCACCCUUCAGGAGCGGGCGGCAAGACUCUUCUCCGUCAGGGGACUGGCAAAGGAGCAGAUAGACCCUGCUCUGUUUGCCAAGCCUGUGAAAGGCAGGAAGAAAUGAAUUGCUCCGAGCUGAUUUCCUAUUUUUUUUCUAGUCUAGCACUUAGAACCUGAAUAACGUUGACUAUUGGCCAUUAUUCCUGUUGAUAUUAAAGCUGACUUUUUUAAUAACCCGAUUCUAAUUAUACCCUCUUUUCCAUUAUUACAUUCAUAGAAUUAAUGUGUGAAACCAUCUGAGCCUGACAUGGGAAGGUUUUUUAAUAACAAAAUUUAAUAAACAUAGAGCUAUUCAGA